AUGGAAUGGAAUGGAGGAGGUAGUUAUGAAGUGAAGUGUGGGAGAAGUUUGUAUGUGGUUCGAUUAUGUGAGGGGACAUGCUCAUAUGGGGCAUGGAAACUUUUUGGAAUCCCAUGUACCCAUGCCGCCCAAGCAAUUCAUGACAGUGGUGAUAAGGCAGAAGAAUACAUCAAUCUUUGGUACAAGACGACUACUUAUUUGAGGGCAUAUUCUAAACCACUUGAGCCAAUCAGAGGGGAGGAUAUGUGGCCAAGAAGUGAGCAAGAAGGUGUGGUUCCUCCUAAAUUGACAAAAAUGCCCGGGAGACCAAAGAAGAAAAGAAGAAGAGAAUUUCAUGAGAAUAUUGUAAAAACCAAAUUGACUAGGGAAGGAAGGAAAAUGACUUGUCAUGUGUGUGAUGGUAAGGGCCAUAAUGCAAGAAGCAAGACAUGUCCAGGUAGGAGUACUUCAAGUAGCCAAGUCAGUGACCUAACUGCCGCACAUACACCAAGUUAG